UGCCUGUAGCUAAAGACGGGGCGAAUUGUGUGUUGCACGCACGUUGUACGUUUCCCCCGAUCUUGUUUGGUAGCGUGUGAAUGACAGUGGCGUUCAACCUCGAAGGUGAGUUACUCCUGCAGACUAGCUCCAGGUGAGGACUGACUGCAGGACCGGUCAUGUUGCUGCCUCUGCUGAUGCGCCCGUCCCUUGGCUGCCCUCAGGCCUCCGUGGUGUUGACGUGCUGCGUCCGGACACUUCGGCACUACUCUCAGGCUAAAUGCUUCCUUCGACGGAGGAGACAGAGAAACACCGGGAGCCAGGAGGAGGAGUGGCAUACCAAGAAUCGGACAGUGCUGGCAUACAUCGCUGCAGCCGGGGUGGGGAUGAUCGGCCUGUCAUACGCUGCAGUGCCGCUCUACAGGCUCUACUGUCAGGCAACAGGGCUUGGCGGCACAGCGGUGGCCGGCCAUGACGCAGGUGUAGUGGAGACAAUGACGCCAGUGAAGGAACGCCUCAUCAAGAUCACUUUCAACGCUGACAUACAUGCCAGCAUGCAGUGGAACUUCAGACCGCAGCAGACAGAGAUCUUUGUGGUUCCAGGUGAGACAGCACUGGCCUUCUACACAGCCAAAAACCCAACAGACAAACCGAUCAUCGGCAUCUCCACCUACAAUGUGGUGCCUUUUGAGGCAGGACAAUACUUCAAUAAGAUCCAGUGUUUCUGCUUUGAGGAGCAGCGUCUGAACCCUCACGAGGAGGUGGACAUGCCCGUCUUCUUUUACAUCGACCCAGAGUUCGAUGAGGACCCCAGGAUGGCCCGAGUAGACACCAUCACCCUAUCCUACACCUUCUUCGAGGCCAAGGAGGGUCAGAAACUCUCUCUGCCCGGGUACAGCUACAACUGAUCUAUGCACAUGUGCUACAGGAGAGGGCCACCAAAAUACUGGAGCAGAAACCUGCCUGUGGUCUGUCAGGGUACAUGGCAGAUGGAAAAAUAACCCAGGACCCUUUUCUUUGAUGUAAGUGCUUAUCGGUCGGAUCUUAAUCUGUAGUGCAAAGAGACUUUUACACAGAAAAACAUGUUUUGGGUAGAAUUGUUUAUUUUAAACCAAGGAACAGGGUUGUUGUUCCUAGUGCAGCAACUCUUUUGUAUGCAGUUUCUCCAGAAAUGAACAAAUCUGGAACAAAUGUCCAGGUUCUAAAACAGAAUCUUAGGGCCACUGUAAAAUAAUCUGAGAUCUUUAGAAUGAAGUCAAAAUAAGUGCAGCUUGACAAUCAGUGGUUCAGGAUGUGGACAGAUUAAAACUUGGAGGCUGAUGUCAGGUGGUUGAUUUUAGAGCAGCACAACGGUACGUUCACAUUAGCAGGCAAGCCCUGGUUUUUACUGCUGUGAUGGAGUAUGUUAGCAGUCUACCAUAACCUUUGUGUCCCCAAAACAUUUUCUUUGUUUUAUUCAAUGUAUUUUCAUUUGUACGUGGAUUCAUUUUGUCUUGUGGGUCUUAAUUACAAAAAAAGUCUGAUUCUCCAUUAAACUUUUCAGAUCAUUUCAGCCUGUGAAGAAAUGAGCCGGUACUGUGGCCUUUUUCUUUUAAACCACCAGAGUGCAGUCUUUUGACAUGGUUAUUUAUUAGGAAUUAUUAGGGUUUUAAAUCAGCUCAGGAGCAAUAAACAAUGUACAUUAGUAGAUA